ACAUACCUACAUACCUACAUACCUACAUACCUACAUAGCAAAUCAUGCGACAUGGUCACCUAUGCAGCUUUCAUGGUGAAGAUAUCAGAUCAUUAAGGCCACAGGUCUCUGAUACCUGACCAGGCAGUCUCUUAUCUCCCGAAUUAUUCUACAUCAACUACAAUUAACAAAUCAAGAUGCAACAGUUGCGCGUCCUAGCCCGUCGUCUCCUCGUCCUUCGCCCCUCGAGUUCUUCCGUCACCGCCCGUCAAUUCACCAGACAUACCAAUUACGCUGUUCGUGUACGACCACAGGUCCCUUUUCUAUCCGUCCCUCUCUCCAAGAAUCAUCAAUUCCGAUACUUGACCACCGAGAGGAAGAAGUGGCUGGUCUAUGAAAUUGUCCUCGGUCUCAAAUACACAGCCUAUUCAUGGGCAAUCGUCGCCUUCUCCCUUGCAGCCUACUUAAGUAUAGAGCAGGAAUGGCUCGAGAAGAAAUACCCCACUCCCCAUGAAUGGGGUUUCCUGACCCGGGUACGGUUCAGAAAAGGGAAAUGGGUACCCAAUCGAACAGACCGGCCAGAGCCCGAUUGGGUUCGUACCAGUGAAUAUGCCAAGAACGUCGUAGAGAGGCUAGAAGAUCCGGAAAUCGAAGGUGCCGGACUACAAGAUCUGUCUGAGAGCGGAACCCCCGCGUUCGACAUAACCGCAAAGAGCGAACCGUGGAGGAGAGGCUACUACGAAGCAUUGAUGCAAUGCGCAAAGGCAGCCGAGAACCUCGAUGAUAAGGUCACGGACACAACGCGACAUUUGGUAUUCCCAGCCAACCAAGUCAUAGGUCCAUCAAAUCCCCACCCGAAGCCAAUUUUCCAUGGUUCAGAGAGCGCGCCUCGCGAGGAGAAUUGCGUGCGCGCCUUCCCUGAGCCAGAAAACUACUACGACAAGAUCUUAGCAACGAAUGGCUUCACUCCGAAACAGAAGAUGGACGCUGCGCUGGAGUAUGCUGCGUGGUUCGACUUUAAGGGCGCAGCUGAUGCUGCUGGGGCCAUGUACGAGCAGGCACUAACCUUGGCCACCGAAACCUCUCCGCCUCCGUACGACCCAAAUUCAUAUGUCCUGCGGGAUACCACGCGCCUACCCUCCAUCAACCUACUAGUUACCCUCACUGCCGUAGCCACACACAAGGCACGCAACGGGGAUAUUGCCACAGCCCUACCCAUCCUACUCUCCAUACUCCGCGCGCGACGGUCCCUCCCGAGUCCACAACCCCUGCAACGGGUCACAUACGACGCUUUUGAUGAAGAAGCGCCAUCGCCCUCUCCAUGGACUUGGAGAAACAUCUAUAACACCGCCAAGCGCGUGCUCGCUCCACCAGCCUACCCACCACCACCCGACGACGGCUUCUCCCCACCCAUCCGCGACGCCAAGGAGCUAUGCGAAGAAGCGGCACUGAACCUCUACAUCGGCGAGAUCAUCUAUGCCGCCUCCACCUCCUCCAGCGCAUCGCGCCACACGCCCGAAGACGGCCUUGCCUGGACGCGCGAAGCCGUCGACCUCGCCGAGGAGCAGCUCCACAAACUUAGCCACACCACCAACCCCUCCUCCCCAUCCUCCUCCCCCUACUCCGCCUUCACCACCCCCGAAGCCACCCCCGCCCUCGCCGCCGCAAAAAUCGCCUGCAAGGAAUGCCUCACCAGCGGCCUCGGCAACUGGCGCACCAUGGUAUCGCGCCUCGCGCGCGAGGAGCGCGAAAAGGCCGCGGCCAAAGACCCGCAUAACACCGGUGGCUGGCUAACCAACCUCUGGGGCGAUGCGAAAUCCGACCUAGGGCAGCAGCAGCAGCAGCAGAACGAAAAAGGCGGGCGCUGGACGGCAGAGGAGAACGUGGUCCGCGAGCGCACGAAGAGGGCGAUGGAGGUGCUGGAGCACGAGGAGGCGCCUAAGCCGGGCCUUGGGUCCAUUUUCUGGGCCUGAGGAUGUGUUUUGGAACUACUUAAGGUAGGUAGGUACCUGGGAUGGAUUUAUUUAUGAAAUGAGGUACCUAGGGAGAACGGAAGAGAAAAAGACUAGGGUGGAAGGGUCGAUGUGUUUAACUAUUAGGUAGGUAGGCGGUACCUACGUAUGGUGCAUGGCAUGGCACGACGCAAUAACAGGCAUGUGUGUGUCUGUCUACCUCUUCAUGGAUAUAGUUAUUCCCCCCCCCCCCCCCCUUCUUUUUCUUUCUUCCACCACUGUUUAUUCGAGUUGGGGACUUGCCUAACCACACGUCGAUCGCUACUGUUCAUACGAAUGCUUUGGGCAGGGGGGGAAUUACAUAGUAUGAUACAUAGUCUGGGAAUGGUGUUCAUGGCACGGCAUGAUGUAGGAUAUUAGUUACCUACUUACCUAGGGUAUAUAUACCUUUCAAGCGUA